CAUAUUUUUUCCGUGUUAGCUGUUUUACGCCCGAUGAACAUUUGCAUAAAAGGAAAUUGAAAGAUAUGAAGCACGUUUCUGUAAAACUUUAGUAGCAUUCGGAAGUUACGAUCUUCAACGAAAGAGAGGACAUACAAAACAUUUCACCAGGAAGUUUUGAAAUUUUGACAUGAUAACAUUACGUCUAUUUCUAUUAUUUACAGGAACAUUGGUAAAAAUAAUUAUAAAUGCAGAUAACAAAGAAAGAACCUGGAGUGAUGCCAACUCGGAAUGUAAUCUUCUCGGAUCACACGAAAGUGGAAUAUUCUCUGAAAUAUCAGCUAUAUAUCAAGAUCAAGUACCGACAGAUGGCAAAAUGUACUGGAUAGCUGCAAUUAAGAAGACAACGAUCCCUUUUAGAUUUAAUAAGUGCAGAUCUUCUGUCGACGUAAAUACCGGUAUCUUCAAUAUCCAGGGGACAAGACGACCAGUUUAUGACUGUUUUAACAAUUGUAGUGGAGAUUUUUUUGCAUUAUCACUGCUCGUUGCUCGCAUACGUCUGACUCAACCUUUUUUGUCACAAGUGAUCUACAUACUGACGUUAUUAUACCCCCCGCUUGAGAAGUGGGAAGUCAUCGAAAUGUGCUUGCACACUAAUAUCUAUAGGAAAAACUGAAGUGUGUAACUACAAAUUAUUUGAAGGGACGAAAAUGGACUUCUACAGUGAAUCUAACUAUUUAGAAUACAGAAAGGGAUCAGUUCAAGGUAUGAGUUACUCAUAAAGAUAUAUG